AUGGGACCCUUCCGCCCGACCGUCGUCGUCGUCUUGGCGCUGCUUGAAGUACUCGGACUCAUGCUGGGAGUCGGUGGGACGAUGCGCGUCGAGAUGGGGCCGCGCUAUGGGCUCGAUGUGGCAAAUGCCAAAGUGCCCAUGGCCGAUGAGGCUCGGCGCCACAUCCUCGCCGGCGUCCAGCAAGACAAAGCCGAUUCGCUCUACCUCUGGGGGCUCAUGCACUACUACGGCCAUGGCGUGCCAGUGGACAUGCACACGGCCUUGCGCUACAUGCGCCUCGCCGCACGCAAGCACCAUCUCGAUGCGACCUUUACGCUUGGCAUGCUCCAUUACGACGGCCUCGUGGUACCGCAAGACGACGCACUGGCGUACGCCUAUCUCCAGCCCGCAGCGACCGCCGGCCACGCCGACGCGCAGUGGCUGCUCGGCACGCUCCUCAACCACGGACGCGGCGUCCCCAUCGACAUGGCCCGCGCGGCCGAGCUGUUUGCGGCGUCGACGCAACAUGGCAAUCCCCGCGGUGCUUUUCAUCUGGGGACCAUGCACGAGUACGGCCGGUCGCUGCCGCGCAACUGGACCAAAGCAGCUUUGCUCUACACGACCGCCGCCGCCCACGACGUGCCCGAGGCGCUCUACUAUCUCGGGCUCCUGCACGCCUACGGGCGCGGUGUCGCGCUCGACCACGACCGCGCGUUCGAGCUGUUUGAAAAGGCCUCGCGCCUUGGCUACGCCCCCGCGACCUACUACCUUGGCGUAUGGCACGUCUCGGGCCCGCGCCAGAUCGACUACGAAGCGGGGCUCGUGUACUUUGAAGCCGCCGCGCUGGCCAACGACGUUAGCAUCUCGACCAAAGCGCUGACCGCCGCGUCCGAGCUCAAGACGCUCUUGGCGUCCGUCGCGCAGCGCCAGAAGGAAUCGUAUGCGCACUAUGUCCUUGAGGCCACGUAG